AUGAAUUCAGAAUCCUCUACACCGACUACACCGUCAGCUUUGACACCAGAGUCCACAGGCUCAACAGGACAAUUAUCUUCUCCUGAUACGUCCUCCGUCUCGUCAGGACCAGGAGCUUCAAAGAAAACGCGGAGGCAAACAGCAAUCUAUCCUCAUGUGAACUCGACCAAUAAGACGCAAAAGCCGUUCAGUAGGAGUGCUGCGAAACGUGGAAGUGUCAUGGCACUUGGAAGUAUUGAACACCUGCAAUAUUAUUUUACCAAAGCCGGUUUGAAGUCUAAGAAGAAACCUCUCGACAAACUACAUCAUGGUCUUGUUCCAGCCAUUGGGUCCAGUAUACACAGUCCUGGAACUUCAUCAAUAACUUCCAUAUCUGAUUUACUCCUGCCACCCACUCCCGUCGUUGCCAACUCCCAGCCAGAUUCUCUCUUGACUCCCCAUGUCAAAUCCACCGAAAUCGAUCCAGAAACACUUCUACCAGGCGUAGUCGGUGACUUGACAGCUGUAUCUCGCGCAUGGUGCAUCGAUCUUGACGCAUCAGACAUUCACGAUAACCCUAUCGACGUAUUAGACGUCCUCCAGACUACCACCCACGCAAUUCGCUCUACGCGUAAUUAUUUGUUAUCCCAACCAGACGAAUCGACUGGAUCCAGUGGAACUACCAGUGAGCAUUUCAGGUCAAAUCGACUCGGUCCUCGAGAAUCUGGACAGUCAUCACGAGGAGAUAGAUCCACAUCACAGCAUGAGCCUGACCCGCUGACGCUCAUUCGUCGGUCGGCGUUGGAAGUCCUUGCUGUGCUGCGCGAGUUGGAGGAAAAGACACGGUUACCGCUCAGUGAUGAUGCAUAUGAUGCGCAGAGUGAUGGUGGAGGAUCUAAAGCCGGCGCGGGAGGAGCGUCUUCCUCCCGUGAAGAAGAAGAAUUAGCUACCGAAGCGGCGGUACAUGAAGUCGAUAAAGACACGUCGGUAGCGUUUUCCCUAGUGCAAGUCAACGGGCGGUAUGAGACUGUUCCUGUUUGGGAAGAUCUAGACGCCGACUCGUUUUCUGUCGACGAAGACGCGACGAAGGAGAAGAAAGAUCGAUGGGACGAGAGGUUGGUACUCGGCAGUGGGUGGCUAUAUCAACAGGACAUUACUCUUAGUCAACUCCCGAAUGAACGAAAACUAGUUGGGGAGUACCUCGACCUGGUUGACGAAGUUCUAUUCCAAGGCACUAAAAAUGCGCGUGGUGAACAGCGAGGAUGGGAGAGAGAACGAAGGAGGAUGAGGGAUAAAGGGAGGAGUAGGAGCAGGAAUAGUGCGAAGCGAAGAGUCAGCGCAGGCGAUGUGGAAAGUCGGACUAUAAGUCGUGCGGGUACCGGGAUUGGGCUUGCGGAGACAAAAACUGGUUCUGGUUCAGGCGAACGCCGACGAGUGUCAACGGGAAUGUUGCCUGAACUAUUGGACAGGGUAAAUCUCACCGACGAGCCUCAACAGAUGGAGGGUAUCUCCGAAGAGGCUGAGAAUGAAGAGACUCGAAUCGAAGUGGACGAUAAUGCAGAAGAUGAUGUGGAAGAAGAAGAGAAUAGCGUUUUGGAGGACGAUGCGUUACCUGAAUGGGCGCAACGGCUGGCGUUCGUAAAUAGUGAUUUAGACCGCGCACGAUCGAUCCUCCUCCAUCUCCUUCCCUCACAUUUACACUCUGCCCUCCCAACAGAUCCACCAUCCUCAUCACCCACUGCCCACACCGCAUUCCUUCAGUCACUCUCCUCCGGCCAGCUUCUAUGCGUAGCGUACAAUACCGGCGUACGCAAGUCGAAGAAACCGUGGGGGUAUAUCAACAAAGAAGGGAUUCAUGAUAUCCUGGCUCUGCAGAGAGCAGAGGCAGAGAAGGCGGAACAGACCGGCGAGAGUCAAAAAAUCGGAUGGACAUUCCGGAGGUCUGAUAAUCUGCGAUUAUGGGUUGGUGCCCUGAAAUUGAGAUACAUGCUUCCUAUUCUCGUUCCAACUCAAGCAUUAUCUAUCAAACCCAAAGCCGGCACUGGAACCACAGCAACAACUCCGAAUAUAUCAAAUACACCUCCAACGCACACACCCCUACCCUCCCCGCUUCCGCUGUUCCAGAAAAAGUUCGCGACAGACGAGCCUCCGGUGAUGUUCGACGCGCGGAUCGUGGCGAAGCAGGAGGAAGGGUGGGAAGAGAUGCUGGAGACUGUGGUGAGGAGGUGGAUGUGGAGGGUUGUUGAUGAGAAGAGGAUGGAUUAA